AUGGCGUCCCAGAUAAAUCUCUUCUCGCCAGCCGAACUUGCGUAUCUUCACCAGUCACUCUCGUUACAUCCUCCAAUCCGACCCGAUGGACGCAUACCGACACAAUUCCGUCCCUUGACAGCAGAGACGGGUGUUCUGCCGGGUACCAAUGGCAGCGCGCGCGUACAUUUCGCUGAUGGCACCGAGGCCAUUGUAGGAGUCAAGGCUGAGAUUGAGAAGACUGGAGGAAGCGAAGAGCAGCAGCAAGACGAAGAAGAUCGAACAAGGGGUGACUGGCUCGAAUUGGCAGUUGAGAUCCCAGGACAGAGAGAUGAUGAAGCCUCGACAAUAUUCCUGGCAGAAAUGUUGAGAGAGGCGCUAUUGGCAGAUAAUGAGUUUGCCAAGAAAUUGAGAAUCAACAGACGGUUUCACUGGCGACUAUAUCUCGACGUUCUACUAAUAUCUCCUCCGCUAUCAUACCCUCUCCCACUACUAUCACUCACAACACAUCUCGCUCUUCUGGCCACCCGUUUGCCCCGCCUCAAGUCUGAAGGCGACGAGGACCCUAUGUUCAACGACGAUUGGGAGGCCUCGACAUUCUUGUACCCUCGCGAUGGUGCUGAUGCGGCAGGCUCACGACCAUCUAUCACACUUCUCGUGGUUGCGAUUGGCGACAACAUCAUCUUCGACCCUGCAAAGGAGGAAUUGGCUGUCGCGGAGACAGCGCUGGCCGUAUCUGUGGCGGAGGUCCGUCGAGUCGCAGCUGAGGGCGACAUGGAGCUGGACAAGAAGAGCCGCGAGCUCAAGUUGCUGUCUAUUCGAACCAUUGACCCGCCAUCAAGGCUCACACCGCCCGGAGUGCCGCACACGACGAAUGGAACUGCACAAAAGGGAGAGCCCCAAACAACUCAGGGCGUGUGGAAGGCACCAUUGGGUGGAACCAAGUUUGGAGUAAUGGACAGUAUAAUACAGGCUGUACUGGAGAAGGGUGGAGUUGCGGAUGAGGUUUUGGAGGGCCUGGAGGGUGUCGAGCUCACAUGA